UUCACUGGACACACAAAUUGGGUGGGUGCAGCAAAAUUCAGCCCUAAUGACCAGUUAAUUGCAUCGUGCGGCGAUGACAAGCCAUUAAGAAUUUGCGAUACAUCUUCAGGCGAAUUUGUGCGAUCGUUAACCGCGGAAAGAAGUAUGGGACGACAGCUGGCAUGGCAUCCAGACGGUGAUCUGGUGGCUUUAGCAUUAAGUUUUAACCGCAUAGCCGAAAGCGAGCUAAUACAGUUGUAUAAAGUGCAGUCGGCGCCGGUGAAUGAUGUUGCAUUUCACCCAAUGGAAAUUUGUUUAUUAGAAGGUCGACCAAUUUAUUCACUAACUGGCCAUACUGACAAAGUUUGCGCCGUCGCUUUCUCUUCAGAUGGUAGACAUUUUGCUUCCGCGGGCGAGGAUCGACAGAUACGUUAA